AUGGACCGGUUCGUCUGGUCUAAUGGUCUGCUGGAGAUGAACGAAACCCUGGUCAUCCAGCAAAGAGGUGUGAGACUAUAUGAUGGAGAAGAAAAGGCGAAGCUGGAUGCCGGAGUUGUGCUGCUCAGUACACAUCGUCUUAUUUGGAGGGACAUAAAAAACCACGAAUGCUGCAUCGCUGUUCCUCUGUCUCAGAUCGUAUUCUUCGAAGAACAGGCUGCUGGAAUUGGAAAGAGUGCAAAGAUUGUUGUUCACCUUCACCCUGCUCUCCCCAACAAAGACCCAGGGCCCUACCAGCACAGUAAAUUCUCCUACAUUAAGUUGUCCUUCAAGGAGCAUGGCCAGAUUGAGUUCUAUAGGCGGCUGACAGAAGAGAUGACUCAGAGAAGAUGGGAGAACACACCCGCAUCCCAGCCGAUCCCCACAGCAACAGGGUCACAGACAGGAAGAACGCGGGCCGUGGGGAUUGUGGGCAUUGAAAGGAAGCUGGAGGAGAAGAGGAAAGAGACCGACAAAAACAUUUCUGAGGCCUUUGAAGACCUGAGCAAGCUUAUGGAGAAGGCCAAGGAGAUGGUGGAGCUGUCCCGAUCAAUUGCCAACAAAAUAAAAGAAAAGCAAGGGGACAUUACAGAGGAUGAGACUAUCCGGUUCAAAUCAUACCUGCUGAGUAUGGGCAUUGCCAACCCAGUAACACGGGAGACUCAUGGCUCAGGGACUCACUACCAUAUGCAACUGGCCAAGCAGCUUGCAGACAUGCUUCUUGCUCCUCUUCAGGAGCGAGGGGGUAUGAUGGCCCUGACGGAGGUCUACUGCUUGAUGAACCGUGCACGGGGCAUGGAGCUGCUCUCGCCAGAGGACCUGGUGAACGCCUGCAAGAUGUUUGAAUCUCUGAAGCUUCCCCUGAGGCUGCGUGUUUUUGACAGUGGAGUCAUGGUGGUGCAGUUGCAGUCACACAAUGAGGAAGAGAUGAUUGCAUCUGCACUGGAUAAUGUGUCAGAGAAAGGCUCCCUGACUUCAGAGGAGUUUGCCAAGCUGCUGGGACUCUCUGUUCUCCUCGCUAAGGAGAGGUUGCUGUUGGCUGAGAAAAUGGGACAUCUCUGCAGAGAUGACUCAGUGGAAGGCCUCCGCUUUUACCCCAACCUGUUCUAACAGACUGAUCAGGCAGAUUUAGACAUGCCCUCCAUCUCUGCCACCUGUCUGUUUCUGGUACAUCAGCAUCCCUCUGACUCAAGAGGUGGAUGAAGAGGCCAUCUUUGGCUAUAAACAUAUGGGUGUGAAUGCGAUAGAACUGAACUGAGCUGGUGGAAAUAAAUGCCUCAGUUGUACAUUUGGGGGGAAAAAAAUGCUGUUGAUUCAGAAGAAACACUGAACACUGCACAGCUUAAGAUGUAUAGUACCAUUUCUUAUUUUUCAGCUGUGAAUAAACUAAGGUCUCCUGUCUAUGAUGAUGAGAAUGAUAGAGACCUCUCUCGGACUUCUUCACCCCUUUCUUGUUCAAGCAAAAUCUACAUUUCAGGUUCAUAUAGCCUUAUUCUUUGUGAGUUGUUGUUGGAAAAAGAUGUCGCUGUCCAUAAUAAACAUGUUGUAUCAAGAAUAUGAAACACAAUCAGGGCAGAAAAAGAAGUGACAGUUUGUCCAUUUCUGGCAUAGAGGGGAAAUUUGAUUUGUUUUUGGGAAGGCCAUGUACCUCUUCUGAUACAGUGAACAAACACUUUGCAAUACAGUCUCUCACCGUCUCCCUAUCUCCCAUUCUUUCAGUUUAUUUCCCCUCUACUUCAUCCAGACUUCUACAGGGGUACCUCAUAGCUGAGUUGAACUGCACUGGAACCUAUAACUGGGGUAUUUCACUUUUUUAAUCAAAAGUUGCCCAUAUAUAUGAUGUCUUUAUACCAUAAUUCACUGUAUUAUACCAGUGCUAUUGAUAUUUAAAGUUGACCUGUGCUGAUUUUGUACUGUACCCAAAGAAUAUAAGGUCAUGUACAUAUCAUUCUCCUAACUCAGACUUCAUAGACUGACAAUGUAUAAUGUCAAAUGUCAUAUCACUCCAGAUUUUUGUUCUUCUGUUUAUGACUACUUUUUAAAUAAAAUCUGGUACCAGCUUUUUAA